AUGGCUGCCCUACCGACGAUUCGCAUCGGCUAUGUGCCUGAACACUAUCUCACCCCUCUUCAUCUCGCCCUUCGCUCUCCGGCCGUCGCCUCGCUCCCGUUCAAGAUCGCCUUGACUCCUUUCCCCGCCGGUACGGGCCACAUGAUCACCUCAUUGCGCGGCAAUGAGAUCGAUAUCGGUAUUGGUCUGACCGAGGGCUGGGUGGCCGGUUUGACCGGAAAGACGCAGCCUCAAAACCCCGAGGAGGGUGGAUACAAAAUCGUUGGUCACUGGGUCGAUAACCCACUUCGAUGGGCAAUUGUCACAGGUCGCAACCGCGACAACAUCAAUGGUGUGGCAGACUUGCAGGACAAGAGAGUCGGUGUUAGCCGGCUAGGAAGGGGAACUGCGCCGAAUGCCAAGGAUGAAACACUAACCGAUAUAUCCAGUGGCUCUCACAUUAUGUCCUUUGUCCUCGCUCAACAGCAAAAGUGGAAAGCAGACUCGCUGACCACUGUCCCUCUCGGUCCCUUUGGGCCCCUCCGGAACGGAGUCACUGGUCUGGAUGAGGCCAACCCAAGCCAAGAGCCCAACCCAUCGGCGGAGUUCUUUAUGUGGGAACAUUUCACGACCAAGCCAUACUUCCACCCAACCGCCGAAACCCCCAACCCGCCGCUGAAGAAGAUCGGCGAAAUCUUUACUCCCUGGCCCUCAUGGAUGAUCGUGGCUUCGACGGCUGUGUUCCCGAACCCAGAGCAGGAUGACCGGCUGAAGGCUCUUUUCCAAGCUCUGGACCAGGGUGUGAAGGAUUUCGAGGCUGAUACUGCUCAUGUCGUCAGAUUGUUAGGUACUGGCGAGCUGGGAUGCAACUAUAUCGAGGAAGACGCUACUGAAUGGCUCAAGGAUGUCAAGUUCACAAAUGCCACCCGUGGCGUGGACCGCAAAGUUAUCGAAGGCGUUGUAGACAUUCUCAAGGUGGCAGGUGUCAUUGACACUGCUAUGGGUAACGAUGAGGCUAUGCAGCGCGUGAUUGGCAUUCCUCGGUAG